AUGGCUGAUAUAGCAAGCUGGGCACCACGAGCAGCAAACUGGCCGCUUCUGCUGGUAUGCUCGUUUGUAGUGGGGUUUCUGCUCAUUAAGGCCGCAUACAAUGUCUUUUUUCACCCUCUGGCCAGGUUCCCUGGGCCACUCUUAGGUAGAGCGACGUUGCUAUGGCGAUACAAUAAUACUGCAACUGGCAAAAUCCACAUCGCGAUCGAGAAGUUGCAUCGGCAGUACGGGCCGAUUGUUCGUAUUUCCCCAAACGAACUGUCCUUCGCGUCGGUCGAGUCCUGGAAAGCCAUAUACGGGCAUGCCGCUCCCGGCAAGCCUAUCGCCAUUAAAAGCCCGUUCUAUGAUGUCUUCGGGGCGGGUUUCAGGAAGUCAUGUAUUGGCAGCGAGCGCAACCCAAGGAAACACGGCGAGAUGCGGCGCAUGCUUUCAUCAGCCUUCUCCCAGCGGAGCUUAUUGGAGCAGGAGGGUACUGUUGGCCGGAUUGUGGAUAGAUUUAUUGAGAUCGUUGGGAAGAAGGGUGGGAAAGGAAGCCCAGGGUUGAACAUGACAAAGUGGACCGAGAUGGUUGGGUUUGAUAUCCUUGGGGAGAUGGCAUUCGGGGAGUCGUUUCAUAGCCUCGAGGAUGGAAAACCCCAUUUUUGGUCGGACCUCGUUGAAGAUCAUUUGUACCUCAUCACAUUGAUUGACAACCUAAGCCGAUUGCCGUUCGUCGCCACGAUCGCCAAGAUCGUGUUCCCAUCGACCUUGGUCGUCCAGAACCAGAAUUCCCAGUAUAGCAGGGCACAAGUGGAAAAACGCCUCAGUUCGAAAACUGGAAAAAGGGACUUCCUUACUACCCUGGCCGACAAGGUGCGCACUGGCGAGGUUGAUAAGGAGGAGAUGACGGCCCAUGUGUCGACCUUAGCGAUUGCUGGCGGCGAAACAGUAUCGACCUUCCUCGCAGGCACUACCUUCUUUCUGCUCAAGAAUCCAGAUGUCCUCAAUCAACUCACCGCUGAAAUUCGCGGGGCAUUUACCUCAUUCGGCGAGAUUGAAGCACAAAAGGCGCAACAGCUUUCGUAUCUGCAAGCCGUGAUUAAUGAGGGUCUACGGAUAUACCCCCCGGGAUCACAGGGCUUCCCUCGUAUCUCACCAGGCUUUGAAUUGCACGGUGAAUUUAUUCCGCCAGGCGCAAUGACACACGAUGCAAAGUACUUCCAGGAUCCAAUGCAGUUCAAACCCGAGCGCUGGAUAGAUCCCAAUAGUCGGGAUGUCAAGGAGGCUAGCCAGCCUUUCUCAUUAGGUCCAAGAGGUUGUCUAGGACGCAAUUUCGCAUAUAUGGAAAUUAAUAUGCUUUUGGCCAAGUUGCUAUGGAAGUACGACAUGGAGCUUGUCAACAAAGAUCUGGAUUGGCUGGAAGAGGGCAAGGUCUUUGUGAUGUGGUGGAAACCAGAACUCUGGAUUCGGUUCCACGAGAGGCCUUAG